AUGGCCAUGGCGGAUCCGCAAAGUCCAGUGUUUGCUACCGCUGCCUUUUGCAUCGGGGUUGCGCUCCAUGUCUUCGUUUUUCGCAUCGGGGAGUGGGAUCUCGCGGCCACCAGGGUGCUGGCUGCCUUUGCGAGCGCAGCCCUCUUGGUCGUGGUCGUCGUCAAGACUCUGCUUCUCGACUCACCGGAUAGCAGCCUAUGGACGGCGCUCAGGGUUGUCUCCUGGCCCUCGGUAUGCCUAGUGGCAGGGGUCGAGACAAGCAUGCUGGUCUAUCGCGCCUUUUUCCAUCGCCUGCACCACUUCCCCGGACCAUUCUGGGCGCGUCUCUCCAGCAUCUAUUCCACCCUGCUCUCGGCCAAGGACCUGCAUAUGUAUGAAGAGGUUGAGAAGCUGCACAACACCUACGGCGAUUUCGUACGAGUCGGCCCCACGGAGCUCUCAAUCAACCAUCCCGAUGCGAUUUCCGCCAUCUCGUCCUCCCAGUCCCCCUGCACCAAGGGUCCCUUCUACACCCUGCUCGAGCCGCGUAACUCCAUGCAUAUGACCCGCGACCCGGUCGAGCAUGCCCAGCGGCGCAAGGUAUGGGAACGAGGGUUCACCUCGAAAGCCCUCCGCGAUUAUGAGCCCCGCGUGGCUCGCUACGCCGAUCAACUACUGGCGCACAUCGACGAGACGCAGGGCAAGCCGAUCAACGUUUCCGACUGGUUCAGUUUCUACAGCUUCGACGUGCUGGGCGAUCUGGCCUUCGGAAAAUCCUUCGACAUGCUGCAGACGGGCACGAAGCAUUACUUCAUGACCUCCUUGCAUGCGGAUAUGACUAAUGUCGGUGUGCUGGGCCACUUGCCGUGGAUUUUCCCGAUUUUCAAGGCCACACCGGUUCUGAAUUACGAGCAUAAGCGGUUCUGGAGGUGGGUUGAUGAGCAGGUCGAGGGGCGGAAGAAGAUUACGCCGGCCCAGCCGGAUGUGUUUGAGUGUCUCCUCAGCCACCAUAAUGCGCAAGGGUCGCCGUCGCUGGAGGCCGAAUUGAAACUCACGGGGGACGCAUACUUGAUUGUUGUGGCUGGAAGUGACACCACAUCUGCAAGUCUAAUCACCCUGUUCUACCAAUUAGCCUCGGACCGCCGUGUCCUGGCAGCCCUCCAGGACGAAGUCGAUACAUACUUCCAAACAAUCGAGAGCCUAGAUUACCAAGGUCUCUCGAAACUCACGUACCUGGAAGCCGUCAUCAACGAGACCAUGCGCCUGCACCCCCCCGUUCCGUCCGGCGUGCAGCGGAUGACCCCUCCUGAGGGCCUAUGGAUAGAUAAAACAUGGAUCCCCGGAGACACCAUCGUCCAGGUCCCUUCCCACACGCUAUUCCGAGACGAGCGGCUCUUCCUGCAACCCCACGACUUCAUCCCAGAGCGCUGGACAACCCGCCAGGAUCUGAUCAGGGAUUCCUCGGCUUUCGUUCCAUUCUCGACCGGCAAACACGCCUGUAUCGGGAAACAGCUCGGUCUCAUGGAGAUCCGGUACGUUGUUUCGCAGAUAGUCCGAAAGUACGACGUGGAGUUUGCGCCGGGACAGACUCCCGAGCGCUUUUUGGCGGGGAAACGCGAUGCGUUUACCCUCUCGCUGGGUCCGCUGGAGCUGGUUUUUAAGCCGAGGAAGGAAGAGCUGUGAGUCGAUGGUUUCAUGCAGUGGGGAAGUUAAGAGGCCCUAGUACAGUGGGAUAGUAGUAUAGCGCGGGCUUGCUUUUGGCAUUCCGUGGAUGUGAGUGGUCAUUUUGUGUUGGGUAUUAG